AUGCCGACACCUGGACUUGCACGAGACAAGAAGGCCGGUCACUUGGGCAUGGUUGCAAGAAUGGUCACGAAAGUCAAGUGCCGGGAAAGCUCCGCGAAAAAAAAUCCGAAAGAAUUUUGGCGCUGCAAGAGCUAUGAAGGAAAUCAAGCCGGCAAAAGUAGCUGCGAAAGAGACCAAACACGUAGGAGGAAAGGCAAGAGGGCUUUUGAAAUUGCUCAUGUGACAGCAGAGCGAGCUCCCGGUGCAGAGCCUCCAGCUGCACCAAUGCCCCUCCAGAACAGUGCUGUGAGCGACCGCAGGAGACAACGCUCAGCUGCGGCCGGCUCUGAAGCCAAGAGGCGACUACGGAGACUCGGCAGAUCCCAGUCCAGUGAAGGCUCCAUACACAGAGACUACAUCUCAAGGCGAGCAUCUCCAUGGGUUGAAGCAGAUGAGGUUGCCGCUGAGCAUGACUUCCCCUCGAGAUGUUCAGCAAAUGACACCGACGGAAAGAGCCAAGACUUUCAGCAGGACAGUGUCAUUUUAGGCACAGAGAGCGAAAGUGACGAGCCGCUUUGGGAGAUGCGCACACGCAGAAUGUCGGAGGAAGAGGCUGUGCAGGCCGCAACUUGCGCCUUGCUUUACCAGAGUGAGAUCAUGACUGCCUCGAUGGUACAUGGGCGGCCGCGGAAGGAUCCUGGUCUUGCUGGGUGCUGUUACAGAAGUAAUGGCUGCUGGGUACCUGGCACCUCUCGAGCAAAAGCGUUCAUUUCCAUCUAA